AUGGCCCUGUGGCGUUCGCUUCGCCUGAGCAACCGUUACAUCAGCCAGCACGUGCUCCUCCUGCUGCGUUUCCACCUGGCGCAGUUAUACUACCUGGGACUGAUGCGACUCCGCUACGAGGAGUCCCGGAACGAGGUGCAUUUGACCUACUACAGCGUCACGGUGUCAAGGCUGAUUGGCCUCUGGUUCGCCUUCUUCUUCACCUUGGCCCUCCUGGAUCCCUAUCCCCUGAUGCUCCACCUCCAGCUGGUGGGGUUCACCUGCUGCCUGCUUAUCCAGCCGAGAGGAGUUAUCGAGGAGCGCACUAGGUUGGUGAACAGAAUCUUGCGGGUUACCCCGCAACUCUAUCGCCUCUGCAGGCGCAAGUUGCACUUGUCCUGGACCUUGGCUCUCCAGUUGCUCAUCAAGCUGCUCACCUUCCGGAUGUUCUACGAAGGACUCCUGGGACCGAGGGACACUAGCUGGAAGAUGCUGUUCAUUGGGCUCUUCGUGGUGCCCGUUUCGCUUGCCAUCUGGGUGAUGGAUGUCGUAUCGCAUCUGAUUAGCAUCGUCCUUUCCCUGCUGCUCAAGUCCUUUGAGCUGGUAAACAACGAAAUGGCUGCCAUUGACGAAGAGCUCUGCUUGAAGAUCCUGCGAUCGGAUUUUCGAGGUGUAAGGAGGCUACAGAAACGUCUGAUUUCGCUGCAGCGCCUGCAUCGAUCUUAUGUCAGGAUCACCCAGCAGUUGAUCGAUUGCCUGAGUCCCCAGUUGCUUUUGAUUGUCCUCUACAACCUGAGCUCCAUUUACACCUUUUCGAGUGGCCACUGGCGGCGUGUCCUCCAGUUUGCCGUCAUCGUGAACAGUCUGCGAUCGCUACUGUACGCCCUCGAUGAACUGGUGGCCACCACUGGUGCUCCGCAGGACACCUCCUGGAUGCAUGUGGCGCGGUUACUCCAGUUCGAGGAGGUCCUGGCCACCCAUGGAUGGUUAGAGCGAAAGGGCUUCCGAUGGAGACUCCAGGAUACCGACAGUUUUGGUCAGAGCGUGAGGCGCUGUUGCUUCCAAGGGAGGAUAAAAGUUCUUGGCUUAGUCACGCCCAAUAGACGACUCCUGUUCCGCAUCGCCUUCGCCUUCUGCAGCCUCCUGCAUCUGCACUACAUGUGGAAGAGGUCGGCCUUGGUGGCCGAGAAGGAGAUCUUCAUCGGUUCGGAGCUUAGUUUGAAACCCAAACAUUGA